GUGACGUGUCAAACACGCAAGAGUCGCACAAACAGCAGGAGCGCAGAAAUAUUUGAAACUCAGCUCGAUUCAAAAUGAGUAGAUAAUCCUGUAGUUUGCAAAUCGCUGUUAAACGCAGAAGAUAAAUAAAUAAGAUAGGGUUUAAACACAAUGAGUUCAGAAAUGACCGGUGAAGCGGAAGAAAUGAAGGAUGAUGAAGAUGAAGAGGAGAUGAAGGACAGAUAUGAUGAUGGAGGAGAUGAAGGGUUCUCUGUGCUUUCAGAUUUGCCUGUUGAGAUCACUGAGAGACGCCCGACCUGUCACACGUGCUGUCGUCCAGUGAAGGUGUGUCUGUGCCCGUAUCUCCCUACGCAUCCUCUCGACGUCUCCACGUGCCUUUACAUCGUCCAGCAUCCAGCCGAGGAGAGCCGCGUCCUCCGAACUGUUCCACUCCUGGCGGCGUGUCUUCCUCCUGUGAAAUGCAAAGUGUUCAUUGGAAGGCGAUUUACAGACGAGAGACAUCCCGAGCUGGCGGCCGUGUGUAAGGACGCACACACUCUGCUUCUGUAUCCUGGAGCUGCUGCUGCUGAUCUGGAGGAUCUCGCCUCAGAUUUCGCAACGACAUACCAUAAUGUCAUUCUGAUCGACGGUACUUGGAGUCAAGCGAAAGACAUGUUCCUCCGCAACUCUCUUUUCAGGCUUCCCAAACAGGUGCAGCUGCGCAGCAUCUCUUCCAGUCAGUAUGUGAUCCGCACACAGCCCACAAACAUGUGUGUGUCCACGCUGGAGUGUGCUGCCGUUGUGCUCUCUAUAAUUGAGAAGAACCAGAACAUCCAGGAGGUUCUUCUCAAGCCUCUUCAAGCUCUGUGCUCCUUUCAGCUUCAGCACGGCGCACAGAUCCAUCACAGUAAAGAACAUCUCAUUAGAAACGGCCAGUACAACAAGAUUCUGCCCCAAAACAAGCGCAAGAUCCGCAGGAUGCAGAAGCUCAUCAGCAACCCUAACAUCUGAGACUUUUUUCUAAACGAAACUACAGAACCUUUUCUACAGGAUGUCUCGCUUCUGAUUCUCACGGCUGCUGAAGCUUUCAGUCGAGCAAUAUUAACACGUGCUGCCAUAAGGACAGUUGAUCUAUUCAUUGAGUUCAUAAAUUAUUUUAUUUCUGCUGCUAAUAUUAAAGGGAAUGUUUAUUGCU